AUGCCAAUUACUUUGGCAAAUGAACAGAACGAACAAAAGGGUUCGGAUUGUGAUGUCUUAUCAUCACCGCAAUCUCCACCUCCUGAGGAAGAAGAAGAAGAAGAAGAAGGAGAUAUCGGCCAUCCCGAAGGAGGGUGGAAGGCCUGGUCCGUCGUUCUGGGAGCAUGGUGCGCAAUGAUCCCAGCAAUGGGGCUCCUGAACACCCUCGGUGUCUUGCAUGCAUGGAUCAGUACGCAUCAAUUGCAACACUAUUCUGAAUCGAGUGUUGGGUGGAUAUUUGGCGCUUAUGGCUUUUUUCUCUACUUGGCAGGGGCUCAAGCUGGGCCUGUCUUCGAUACCUAUGGCUCUAAUGUUGUCGUCAUUCCUGGGUCUAUUGGAAUUGUUGCUUCAUUGAUUUGCUUGAGCUUCAGCGAAGAAUACUACCAGAUCUUCUUGUCUUUUAGUGUGCUAGGUGGUCUUUCCGCCUGCACAUUGUUCACACCAUCAAUCUCUGCAGUUGGUCACUGGUUCAAUGUCCGUCGAGGAUAUGCUACGGGCAUUGCCUGUACUGCCGGAGGAAUCGGAGGAGUAGUUUUCUCUCUGAUUAUCCUCUUUGCCGCGCCAAAGAUCGGGUUCCCUUGGGCAAUUCGCAUCAUUGCACUCCUCUCAGCAGGGAUGUGUACGGUAGCCUGCAUUCUUCUCAAGACCAGACUCCCUGGUAAUAUCAAGGCGGGGGCAUCUAUCGAUUUCCGAGCCCUCAAGGACCCGAAUUUCGCUUCCACAACGAUUGCAGUCUUCCUGGUCGAAUUCGCGGUGUUCAUCCCUUACACCUACAUUGCGUCUUACGCUCUUGAUGCCGGGGUGGGAGAUAGAAUCUCAUAUCUAUUGAUCGUAUUCCUGAACCUCGGCGCCAUCCCGGGCCGCUUCCUUCCUGGUCUGAUAGCAGACAGCAUUGGGCGGUUCAACGUAAUGGUAUUGACAUCAUUCAUCUGCGCCAUUUUGACUCUGGCACUCUGGUUUAAGGCUGGUGAUAAUCUGGCCGCAAUUAUUUGCUAUACGGUGUUCUUUGGCUUCUGGAGUGGAGCUGCCAUCAGUCUGACCCCAGUAUGUAUUUCUCAGGUCUGUGCCACUGGUGAUAUUGGGAAGAGGAUGGGGACCACUUUUACAAUCAGCAGUAUUGGAACCCUCACAGGGAUUCCUAUUGCAGGGGCAAUCCAGCAACGGGAUCAAGGAGGGUAUGAUGGGCUGAUUAUUUUCGGUGGAGUGCUUUAUCUUGUUGCGGCUAUUGCAUUCGUGUUGGCGAGGGGUAUUUGUCGAGGAUGGUCUUUGAGAAUCAAGUUUUAG